AUGUCACAAAGUCAGCACUCUGACUUCGCAUCCUCUCUUUAUGAUGACGAGAUAGACAAUCUAAGCUAUCUUGCCGCAUCAAACCCCCCAGCCACUCCAUCUGGUAACUUUCUCCGACCUCUCCGACCGGUAGUCCCCUCCUCUUUCACGCGCGUUGGACCCGACCGAAGGAAGGCCUUUGUUCUCUAUGAGAAAAUGAUACAUAAUGACUGGGUGGAAUGGUGGUUAGAGACUGAUUAUGGGAGAAAGAGUAAGAUCAAUUGGGACUCAACCCGACAUGCGCAGAUUUGGAGCCACUUUAAACAGGUUGCACAUAGUCUAGAUGGCGCACCAAAGGUAAUAUGCGAACGAUGUGGAGCUAUUCUUGAGCAUCCAUAUACAGUCAACCUAAGGUCAAAGGGCCGGGUAUAA